CUUCGCUUUGCUAACUAACACUGAUUGCACAACGUGUGAUAAAAGUGCCACUGUGACUUAUUGUUAUUUUUGUUUGUUUUAUUAGUUAUUCAAAUUUUUUUUAUACUUUAUACUUUUUUAUUUCAUUGGAAACAUAAUUUCUCUAAGUGAUCAAAAUGGAUGUGGUACCAAUUCCAACGUCUUCGUCUUAUCUCCCAUCAGGGUAUUUUUACCCGCUUAUAUUUAUUGCUGCGACACUGGCGGCCAUACAUUUUUAUAUGGAAAAUUUGAGGAUUGUUAAAAUGGGAAAUAAAUUACCAGGACCUGCAAAAGUACCAUUUUUCGGUAAUGCAUUAAUAGCAGUAGGAGUUGAUCCCAAAGAUGUACAUAUGGAAAUAAUAAAAUAUUUGCAUUAUGGUCGUGUAAUUCGAGCUUUUCUUGGUACUAAGCUUGUCAUAUUUAUAAUGGACCCACAUGACGUUGAAAUUAUUUUAAGCAGUCAUAUUCAUAUUGAUAAAUCACCUGAGUAUAGAUUUUUCAAACCAUGGCUCGGCGAAGGAUUACUAAUAAGCAAUGGAGAAAAAUGGAAAACACACCGUAAAAUAAUAGCACCAACAUUUCAUCUAAAUGUGCUGAAAACAUUUGUCCCAUUGUUUUAUGAAAAUAGUAUUGAUUUAGUCAAAAGACUUAAAUCAGAAGUAGGAAAAGAGUUUGAUGUCCAUGACUAUUUGUCUGCUGUAACUGUUGAUAUUUUAAUAAAUACCGCAAUGGGUGUACGCGGCCGUAAAAGAGGAAGUACAGGAUUCGACUAUGCAAUGGCUGUUAUGGAUUUGUGUAAUAUUGUGCAUCAGAGACAGUACAACAUAAUGCUGCGAAUUGAUCAAUUAUUCAAAUUUUCCAAAUACGCUAGUAAGCAAGAAGAGCUUCUAAACACAAUUCAUUCAUUAACCGGUGGUGUAAUUAAAACAAAAAAACAAGAGUAUGAAGAAAAAGGUGAAUUGGCUUAUCCAGAAGAGUAUCGCACCCAGAAGAACACGAGUAAUUCAAAAGACGAAAUGGAAAAAUUAAAAGAAUCUACAAUGCGUUAUGCGCGUGAUGAUCUCGAUGAAAUUGAUGAAAAUGACGUUGGAGAAAAAAGAAGGUUAGCAUUUUUAGACCUUCUUCUUGAACUGAAUCGCAAUGGCUCAACACUGACUGAAGAAGAAGUGCGUGAAGAAGUUGACACAAUUAUGUUUGAGGGUCACGAUACCACUGCCGCUGGUUCUAGUUUUACGCUUUGUGUAUUAGGAAUUCACAAAGACAUUCAAGAGAGAGUUUAUGAGGAAUUGAAUGGUAUUUUCAAAGGCUCUGAUCGUCCCUGCACAUUUCAAGAUACUUUGGAGAUGAAAUAUCUUGAACGCGUUAUUAUGGAAUCGCUUCGUAUGUUCCCACCUGUACCAGCUAUUGCUAGACAAUUAAAUCAAGACGUUAAAAUUGCAACCGGUGGAUACGUAUUACCACGUGGAAGUACGGUAAUUAUAACUCCAUACCAAAUUCAUCGUCUGGAGGAAUAUUAUCCAAAUCCAGAAGUCUUUGAUCCUGAUCGAUUUUUACCAGAGUACACCCAAAACCGCCAUUAUUAUGCUUAUGUUCCAUUUAGUGCUGGUCCAAGAUCAUGUGUCGGAAGAAAAUACGCCAUGUUAAAAUUAAAAGUUUUAAUAUCAACAAUUCUUCGAAAUUAUCGUAUCCACUCAAAUGUGAAAGAAAAAGAUUUCAAACUUCAACUAGACAUCAUUUUGAAACGAACAGACGGUUUCAAAAUUGAAAUUGAGCCGAGGAAUUAAACUACUGCCUAAUGAUAUUUUAUUAAACUUGCCAUACUCUCAUCUACUUCACUAUCGAUUGCAAAAAAAAAUCCAUGUACUACUCAUAAGAUAUUUUUAAA